AUGCCAAGCCAACAAAAGAAAGUCAUUUUUUGCAUGGCUGGGGUGUUAAGCUUCGUGUGCGCCCUUGGAGUUGUGACAGCCCUGGGGACACCGCUGUGGAUCAAAGCCACCUUCCUCUGCAAAACAGGGGCUCUGCUCGUCAAUGCUUCUGGGCAGGAGCUGGACAAGUUCAUGGGAGAAAUGCAGUACGGGCUUUUCCACGGAGAGGGCGUGAGGCAGUGCGGGCUGGGAGCGAGGCCCUUUCGGUUCUCACUUUUCCCAGAUUUGCUCAAAGUGAUCCCCUUGAGCAUCCAUGUCAACGUCGUUCUCUUCUCCACGAUCCUGGUUGUUUUAACCAUGGUGGGAACAGCCUUCUUCAUGUAUAAUGCUUUUGGGAAGCCCUUUGAAACCCUUCAUGGCCCACUAGGGUUAUAUCUUUUGAGCUUCAUUUCAGUUGCCCUCUGGGCACCUGCUAUUCUCCAUCUUCAGGGAGAGGGCUCCUGUGGCUGUCUUGUCAUGAUCCUGUUUGCCUCUGAAGUGAAAAUCCACCACCUCUCAGAAAAAAUUGCAAAUUAUAAAGAAGGAACUUAUGCCUACAAAACGCAAAGUGAAAAAUACACCACUUCGUUCUGGGUUGUUUUCAUUUGCUUUUUCAGUCAUUUUUUGAAUGGGCUCCUAAUACGACUUGCUGGAUUUCAAUUUCCCUUUGCAAAAUCUAAAGCCACGGAGACGACUAAUGUUGCUGCAGAUCUAAUGUACUGA